AUGGGACCCAAGUAUCCUUUGGAAGUGCCGGCAGACUCCCCCUUUCCCAUAGGGAACAUUCCUUUCGGUAUCUUUAGUACUCCAGAAGGAGACGGACUGGGUAGAGCCGGUGUUGCUGUUGGGAGUUAUGUCCUAGAACUGGAUAAAUUGGCCAAGCAUGGAGUAUUCGAUAGCAUUGGCCUCGAAAGCCAACUAGGUGACAUGUUUUUGGCUCCUGUUCUGAACAAGUUUGCGGCUCUUUCCACCAAGGACCGUAGCCUUGUCAGAACAACAAUCAUCAAGAACCUGUCAGACGGCGGGUCUCCUCUAUAUGAGAAUCAAGAACUCAACAAUGAGGCAUUUAUUCCUUUGAAUAAAGUGCAGAUGCACAUGCCGGUGUCUGUGACCGAUUACACGGACUUUUUCAGUUCCUACGUGCACGCGGACAAUGUGAGUGGAAUGCGAAGCUUCAACAGUCCCAUCCCAACAGCAUUCUGGGAAUAUCCAAUGGGCUAUAACGGCCGUAUAUCAUCCAUCACGGUCUCCGGAACCGAUGUCGUCCGACCACGGGGUAUCUUCAAGCCUGGUGGAUCUGAUAAAACGGGCUAUAAUACUUGCGAGAAAUUAGAUUUCGAGGUGGAAAUGGCCAGUAUCAUCGCCACACCUAUUGAAGCCCCGAACUCGGUGUCUGCGAAAGAGGCACCAGACCACAUCUUUGGCUAUGUUUUGUUGAAUGACUGGUCGGCCCGAGAUAUCCAAAGUCACGAGAUGUAUCCUUUCGGACCGUUUCACUCCAAGAGUUUCCUGACGAGCAUAUCUCCCUGGGUCGUAACGCUGGAUGCGCUUAGAGGGAGCCCGACAGCCGCGAUACCAACCGUCGAGUCCAAAGUAUCUCCCAUCUUGGACUUGGACGAGAAAGACCAAGGUGUUUUUGAUGUUGACCUGAGAGCUAGAGUAUCUCGCAAAGGUGGAGAGGAGGUUGAACUUGUCCGCACCAAGAUGGCCGAUGCGUACUGGAGCCCAUACCAGCACGUGGCAUACCAAUCCUCAUCGGGUUGUGGAUUGCACGCAGGCGAUAUAUUGGGUACGGGCACGUUCUCAUCUCCAGAUACUCGGCCACCUCAAGGCCCGGACGAGAAAUCUUACACGACCUUUGGUUGUUUAGCCGAGGUGCAUAUUGUCGGCCACAAGCUUCCUGAUGUCAGUGGCGAGAAAUUCGACUGGUUGAAGGACGGCGACAGAUUGACGAUAGAGGGCUGGUUCAAGACGCCAGAUGGGAGCAAGGCUGGCUUCGGAGGUGUCACUGGUGUGGUGCUGCCGGCCAAGUCGUCCUAGA